AUGGCCAGUCAAAGAGCAGCCAACCGUCUCGAACGGGGGCCUCAAAUCACUGAUCGAAUCGAUUCUACAGCCAUCAAGUCUCGUGACGUUCAGCUUACUCGAGAUGGGCGGUCCGCUCGCUCGCUGUGGUCACCUCAACUCCAGGUGCGACAACUCCAGGAGAGGAAAGAUGAGGAGAAAGCAGAACGCCUUCGUUCGGAGCCCCUGCGCCUUAAGGUGACCCAGUCCCUGAGUGAAAUCUUCUUGGCAGCCAGCAAAGACGGCGUCAUGGAGAAGCAGGACUUUGAGGAAGUGAUGAGCUCACCAUACUUCCUGCGGAAGUUGCAGAGUGUGGCCAACAUGCCUGUGCAAGACAUGCUGCGGAUGUUCGACUGGCUUGAUGUCAACCAGCAGGGCAGCAUCAACCAGGAGGACUUCAUGGCUGGAUUUGAUUGGUUGAAUGAGGCUGUGACGGGGAAGAGCUUGUUGAAGCUGCAGACCUCCGCCAGGCACCGCUGUCGGAAGAUCGAAAGCCGAGCCUCUGCCCUACGCUCGGAGAUCAAUUCGGCCGAAGCCAUGUUGACCAGGCGCAGCCAGGACAUGGACCAAGUCCUGCAGGAGGUUCUGCAACGUAUCGAGGCUGAAACCGAGCAGCAGAGCCGGGCCCGCGAGCGGGUGCAGAUGCAACUCAUGGAGCUCCGAGUGCAGAUCGAGCACUAUCGUGCACAGGUGUCAGGCCUGAGUGCCGGAGGCACAGGCUCGAAGUUGGCCUUGGCGGACAGCAGGCGUGAAGACGCGAGGCCCAAAUCUCCACACAGGACUGGCCUCGUGUCGCAGAUCAAGAGUGCUGCCAGCAAGCUCUCGCUAGGCUGGCGCUCGGGCAGCUCCAGUGGGUGGCGCUCAAGCUCCUCAAGCCCCAGAAGUGCCAAGACGGAGUCUCGACGAAGAUGA